AUGGCCGCCGUAAAAGACUUGAUAGGACGACUGGCCGAGCUCAUGGUCGGGAGAGAAGGAGGAUGGAGGAAGAAAGAUGGAAGGCAUCGUGGCUGCGUACAGGUUCUUGUGCAUUGCUUCUGGAAGGGCGAUGGGUUCGAACAUGUGGGAAGUUGGCUGUUGGACGAUGUCGCUCGAUGUGCUUUGGGCAAAGCCGUCAGAGUGGCUGCGAAAGCCGGACAGGUGGAGGAGGUCGAGGGAGGCGUAACAAGUCAUGUCAGGUCGAUAUGGGAGAAGGCGUGCAACUUGGCAACUUGGCAACGUGGCAACGUGACCAUGGUUUCCCGCGCUGCGCGGUUCAUGCGAGGGGACAACGGGACGCGUCCUGGGUUGACUGGCUGGCUGGCUGGCUGGCUUGUUGACUGA